GUUGCAGAAUGAUUGAUAUAUGAAAAGAUUAAUAACACAAAACGCGCAAAAUUUGGAAGAUAAACUGAUUUAAAACGGUUCAUUAUUUAAUUAAUAAUAAUUCUAAUUGGAUUAGAUAUAAUCCAAAAUAUAGAAAGAAUCGAUAAGUACAAUUUGCAUUAAAUUCGAAUCACAGUACUAUAUGUUUAAGGCAUAAAUUGAACUAAUUUAUAACAAGAUAUGCAUAUUUCCAAAUUAUAUACAUACAAUUGUCGAUACGUGCUGAUUUUCGAGGUCAAUCAUAUCGCGGAUGUACUACACCUACAUGAUAGAAAAUCCUGUAUCAUAAGGCUCUCUCGUACGGCUCUUGUACUUCAGAAGCCUGAUCUUGGAGUAACGGUAGAUCGUACAUAUGGUCUGUGAUUUCACGAGAAAGGUGUGCCGCGCGAUCAGUGGCGAAUUUUCAGUCAGUCGACUCGGAGCCGGUGGAUCGUUACCAUCAAGCUUGUUCAGUCUCUCGUCGAUCACUCUCCGUGGAUCGAAUAUAAGUGUGCGCGUGUGGUUCGUGUGUGUGUACAUGUGCCAUCAUCGCCGUCAUCCGCAGCAGUGACAGAAAAGAAGAGGACUCGACCCCAGCAGUGGCCGGAACCACCGAAAAAUGGAUGCGAAGUCACAGCGAGUUAUCUCCGGUUUGCUUUUGUUCGCCCUCGCCACAUUGCAGCUCGGUUAUGCCAGGAACGGGCCCAAUUAUUAUGGUACAUUGAUCGGACCUUUACAAGUAUACGCGCAUGGUAUCAAAGGUACAGUGUAUGCCGUUGACGAUGGAACGAUAUUUAUAAAAGGAUUCUCCUAUGACGGCACCGGUCCGGAUGCUUAUUUCUGGGUCGGAAACACCUCUCAGCCCAAUCCCGACGGUUACAUCGUACCUUAUCCCGAGUCGGAGAGCAGCAGCAAUGAUCCACGAGUAUUGGGGGCGUACAAUCACACGGACGUUAUUCUGAAGUUACCCGGAGCAAAACGCAUACGAGACAUCAAGUGGCUGAGCGUUUGGUGCAGGAGAUUUACGGUCGAUUUUGGCGACGUUUUCAUACCCUACGAUUUGAAAGUACCGAAAUUACAAGUACUUCCCGAGUUUUCGAGAUUGGCGCACGGUCUUCGCAGCGGUAACAUCAGUAUUCUCGAUAGUAAAACCAUCUACAUUCCGAAUUUGCAUUACGACGGUGGCGGCCCGGACGCUUACUUCUGGGUUGGCAAUGGCUCGGAACCCAAUCGUUUUGGUAUCAAGGUCCCGAAUGAAAUGGGCAGUUUGGAACCAUUGAGAGGAUAUCAAGGGGAAGAUAUUGAGAUCGUCUUGCCGGGAAACUUGACGGUGUACGACAUCAACUGGCUCGCGGUGUGGUGCGUUGAAUACAGACACAAUUUCGGCCAUGUUCUAAUUCCAAGGGACCUCGACGUUCCUCCGGCCCUCGGCCAAACGAAAAUUACGCCGCCGUGGUGGUACAAUCCAACCAGCAGCACACCGACGCCGAAGCCGGUGAACAACUGUAAGGAGAUGCUGCAGGGCCGUGUUCAAGUGAUGUGGCAGUUAAUAGGCGAGGACGUAGAAAUACGGGUUUCGGGCCGCAUUCGGGAGGACCAGUACGUGGCGUUCGGGCUCUCGGGUCGAGACGGCCAGGCCGAGAUGAUCGGCGGCGAUGUCGUCGUGAUCGGUUACGACAAUAGAACCGGCAAAUUUAUCGCCGAGGAUUACUACAUGUCGGACAUCGCUCAGUGCGACGGCAAAAGGGGUGUGUGUCCGGAUAAGAGGGUCGGUGGGAGGAACGAUGCGGUGUUCAUGAAGGGAGAACGAAAGAACGGCAUAACAACAGUUACGUAUAGGCGACCGCUGAGAACCAACGAGCCAGUGAAAGACAGGAUGAUUCCGGAAAGGGAAACGAGCGUGAUCGCUGCCAUCGGACCUCUGAAUUCACGGGGUGAAGCCAAUGCUCAUGAGAGAUUCGAUAAGACCACUGAGGAUAUUCGUAUCGAUUUUACGUCAAGCAAUGUCCACGAGUGUACAAAUUCUCUAUACAAUAUUCCGGACGCUCUUGAGAUCAAACCUUGGACACCCGCCGUUAUUACAAAUCAGGAUACUUUUUACGCAAAAAUAGGACCGACUGGUGGGAAAAGAGGAUACACGGGAAUAACAGGUACCGUUUCUUGGGGCAUUGCGUGGUAUAUCAAUGACUUGUUGAUCCCGGAGAUCACCGUCGUGCGAGGUCGAAAUUAUACCUUUAUCGUGGAGGGUGGAAACGAUCCUGCCAAUCCUGCUAAGUAUCAUCCGUUCUACAUAACUGACAGUCCGGCGGGUGGUUUCGGACAGAAAACCAAUGAUGACCAAUCGGAACAAAAGAUAUAUGCUGGAAUGAAGUAUGAAGACGGAUAUUCCUAUCCGACUGCAGCCGGUCGUUACUGCGAAUGGAAACGCACUAAGGUGGACGACCCAGAUAACUACGACACGUUCAAGAGCUUUUUUGACACGCUUGAACUCAAGUGCGACAAGGGUGAACCUGCCAAGCUCAUAUGGACCGUAGAAAAGGACACACCAGACUUAGUUUACUAUCAGUGUUAUACGCACAACUAUUUGGGCUGGAAGAUCAAUGUCGUUGACGCUAACCAAUCGCAGGGAAACAUUAACCGCAUCAGUCAAGUUAUGACUGUAUUUACAACGUUUGUGUCAUCUAUCAUCCCACUGCUUUUAUUCUCGAGAUGAAUCGUCAAAUCUUCUUUUUACGCGGAACAAGUGACGGAAGACAAAGCUGGUCGAUUUAAGAUCACGAAAAUUAUACACACGAUUGUUAAAUCGGCGAAACACAUACAAGGUUGUAAGAAAGUAUUUAGCACGUAAGAGAUUUACUUAUAAGGUAAAAGAUUAGCAAAAUAUUUUUAAGAUCUAUCAGAUUCAAAAUAUUUCAUAUUAU